AUGGCGAAACAAGAGUACAAAUUCCCGGCGUUUGACGACCUUCCGAAGGUCGAGGGCAUGCCACAGGGCAGCAUAUGGGGGUUCUUUGACAAAGACGGGCAAAAGGAUGAAGUCGGAACUAUCAACCUUCUCACCUCGGAUGUCGUGAAAGCGGCCUCCAAAGAGAUCACUACCGGCGAGCACAUCCAGCUUGACUGGGAACUACACAACGUGCAAUUUCCAGGGUUCAACAGAAAAGAACUCGAGCAAAAGCAAAUCGAUUUUGCGGACUUCUCCGAGUUCUGUGCUAACGAUGACGAACUUCACAUCAACACUCAAGCUGGAUCUCAGUGGGAUAGCUUGAAGCAUUUCGCGCAUCAAGCAAGCGGCAUGUAUUACAACGGUCUCUCGCAUAAAGAGGCAGCGAACAGCGUCACGAACGGAACGCACAAGUGGUGCGAAAGAGGUGGCAUUGUUGGAAGAGGUGUGCUUUGCGACUGGCUUAGUUGGUAUGAAGAGAAGAACGGGAAGAAAGCACCAAGUGCGGUGUCGAGACACGAGAUCCCUAUCGAGGAGAUUGAAGAGACGCUGAAGUGGCAAGGCACCACUUUGAAGCAGGGAGACAUUAUGAUGAUUCGAAGCGGUUACGUAAGAUGGCACAACAAUGCGAACGAAGCGGAGCGCAAGAGCGGUACUCGCGACAAUAGUGUCGCGAUUGGUCUUCAAGCCAACGAGAAGACGGUACGUUGGCUUUACGACCGUCACCUCGCGGCGAUCGCUGGUGAUACCGUCGCUUUUGAAGCAUGGCCACCAAAGUUUACCGACGGAUGGUGCCUACACGAGUGGCUUCUCGUUCAUUGGGGUACCGCUAUCGGCGAGAUGUGGGACCUUGAGAAGCUUAGUCAGAGGUGCAAGGAGAUGGGCCGGUACACUUUCUUCAUGACAAGUGCUCCAUUACACGUUAGGGGUGGUAUUGGAAGUCCACCUGGAGUUAUCGCCAUCUUCUAG